UGGCUAGUUGUCUUUGCGCGGUCCAAGUCGACGCUGACACCGUUAGCAAACGCGGAGCCUGCUAGCUAACGGCGAGCGGCAGCUAAAAAUAUUCUGGUCAGAUCGGCGGUGGACGGAGCUGAGCUCGUCCGCCACGAGAGACUGUGGCGACUAAAAAUACCUUCAACAAGAUACACGGACCAGUACUGUGACAACAAGACAACAUGGGAAACACAAGCGACAGGGUGUCUGGAGAUCGCCAUGGUGCCAAGGCCCACCGCUCAGACAGCAGUGGAAGCCACAAAGACCAUGAGCCCAGCAGCAAGAUGGUCGACAGCACCGAUGACCCCAACAUCUUCAACACCCACGGGUCUGAGUCCAAGGCAUCAGGAGAAAAAGAGUUCACCCCAGAUCUGGAUGACUUGGUAAAAACCGGUCCUCAGGCCCGACCCACUGUGAUCCGCUGGGCUGGGGGAGGGAAGGAGGUCUACAUAGCUGGUUCCUUUAAUAACUGGAGCACAAAGAUACCAUUAAAUAAAAGCCAUAAUGAUUUUGUAGCAAUCCUGGACCUGCCAGAAGGAGAGCACCAGUACAAGUUUUUUGUAGAUGGACAAUGGGUUCACGAUCCCUCAGAGCCGUUGGUCACCAGCCAGCUUGGCACCAUCAACAAUUUAAUCCACGUGAAGAAGUCUGACUUUGAGGUGUUUGAUGCCCUGCAGGUCGACUCUCUGGAAUGCUCAGACACAUCAGACCUGUCCAGCUCCCCUCCAGGUCCGUAUGGGCAGGAACAGUACGUCUUUAGGCCAGAGGGGCAUUUCAAGGCCCCACCGAUUCUUCCUCCUCACCUCCUUCAAGUCAUUCUCAACAAGGACACCAAUAUAUCUUGUGACCCUGCCCUGUUGCCUGAACCCAACCACGUCAUGUUGAACCAUCUUUACGCUCUUUCAAUAAAGGAUGGAGUAAUGGUGCUCAGUGCCACUCACCGAUACAAGAAGAAAUAUGUCACUUCUUUGCUUUACAAGCCCAUCUAGACCUCACCGCAGGUGCUCCGCACUGCUUUUAGAGGGCACCAUGUUGUACUCUGCUGUUUGUUUUUGUACAUCAUCACAUUUAGCCAAAUCUUGCACUGAAACGGGUUUACAGGUGAGCUGAAGCCCACUGGCUGUUACUGCGAUUUGUUUUUCUAAAGGGUGGCACUUCUGUCUUCAUAGGGCUCUGAAAAACAAUAGCAAUGCGCGUGAACAAGCUGAUAAAGAGAUGAAAACCAUACUGUGGCUUUGUACCUGUGACAUUUACAGAUGGACAGGAAACUGACUAAAUCACUGUGUGUACUGCUUUUUUUUGCAACACCCUUGUGAUUAUAUGCAUGUUGGUGUGAUUUACUGGGAGGUGCAUGUUCAGGUCGUGCACCACCUCGACAAACAGCGGAUAUGUGACUAUCUUGUAACUGGUGAGGGUUUUUUGAGUGUUCAUGCUGUGGAUCAACAGUUUGGAUAUUUACAGUGUUUGUCUUGUCCUUCAGCUGUCUCUGACCUUUUUUUAAAAGCGGUUUCUCUUGGAAUGCGCGUGCAGAUUAACAUGGGCACACGUUGUCUGACCAUGAAGUGCAAUAACCUGCCGUGCAAACUGAAUUUCCCCUCCAGGUACUCGGAAGCAAAACGUGUUGUUAAGGAGGCAACAGCGAACAGCAUCUGAUUUUGAUGCCUGUUUCUGUGUCACUAUAGGUCAUUAGUUUCAACAGGAAACUCCUAUUUUUUCGGGUGGUGACUUGUGGCUAAGUGUCGAUAUUUGUUCUGCUGUUGCCUGUAUCUGGCACUUUACCGUCCUGUGAGCAGGAGUGUGGAUAUGAGCUUUUACCUAUGCAGACAACUCUUGUACUGUAGCUUCUCUAGACUAUAGGUUGUGCUUUUUUUCUUUCUUUUGCCAGUUUUCUGUACGAUAAACUUGCAGUGCUUUAUGUGUGCGUGUGUCUGUAUUGAAUAGAAUCUCAUCAAAUAGAAAAGUACUGUAUUCAUCCGUUAGUGUGCGUGCGUGCGUGUGUGUGUGCAUCCAAAAUGUUUAUGACUCACGGCUUUGCAUGCGUUGAAUGUCUGCUCUCUUGCCAAGCGUGAGACACAUUUCGGACGCCGAUCCUGCGAUUUCAGAAAAAUAGGGCUACAAGAAUGAAUAUUUGCUAUGAAUUGGAACUUUGUAUGAAUCAUGCUCUUAUUAAUGUGCUUUAUUCUUAUUAUAAUAACUUGAAUGGAUAAUUUGACGUGUGGUGUUUUGGAAAGUUUUGCCACUUCGUGAGUCGUGCGGUUUGAUUGUACGAUGACAGUACCGUGUAUUAAACACACAGAAUGUUCAACUGGAUGCUCUUAAAGUGUUUAGGGAAUGUUGGGCUUAGCCGAGGUCUUUUGUCCAAAGAGUUUGUAAGUGGAUGAUAAGGGAGUAUCGACAUGUGCCAUGGAUAUGGAGUUUAAAGGCUACAACUUAAACUUGAAUUUCAAACCCAUUUCAUGAAUGUUUCUAAAUGCUUUGCAGAACAAGGGUUAAAGAUCCACUGUGUGAGGUAUUACUUGUUUGCAAAUAAAGAGGACAAACUGCUCCUAA